AUGGCGGCUAAGUACGGCCUAAUGCUACAUCAGAUGGACGUCAAGACAGCGUUUCUUAACGGCUCCCUCAACGAAGACAUCUACAUGGACCAGCCGGACGGAUACCUGGAUGCAACACAGCCGGACUAUGUGUGCAAGCUAAAGAGAUCACUCUACGGCUUGAAGCAAUCGCCUCGCAUGUGGAACCAAACAAUCGAUGGGUUCAUGAUCAAGAUGGGAUUCAAGAAGUGCGAAUCGGACCACUGCAUCUACAUCAAGCGAGACGACCAAGACAUGAUUCUCGUGGUGCUCUACGUCGAUGAUCUCAUCCUGGCCAGCAGCAACAACGAACUCCUCAAGUCAACCAAGAUGGCGCUGAGCAAACGCUUCGAAAUGACGGAUCUCGGUGAGCUCGAUUACUUUCUCGGCAUGGAGAUCAAGAACGACCGUAAGACGGGAAUGGUGACUGUACAACAAACCAAGUUUCUCAAGUCCGUGUUAACCAAGUUCGGAAUGGAUAACAGCAAGCCAGUGAAGACGCCUCAAGAUCCCGGCCUGAAGCUAACCAAGAACAUGUGUGAACAAGAAUGCAAGCACGAAGACACCAUGUGCAACGUGCCAUAUCGAAGUGCUGUCGGAGGCAUCAUGUAUCUCAUGGUCGCCACACGUCCGGAUCUAGCUGCUGCAGUGGGAUCAUUAUCCCAGUUCUCGUCCGACCCAUGCCCGACUCACUGGCAAGCUUUGAAGCGUGUGCUGAGAUACCUGCAAGCAACGCCCAAUCAUGGUCUUGAGUUUACACGUGAAGAAGGAAGCCGUAUCUGCGGGUACACCGACGCAGACUGGGCCGGCGACAUUGAGUCAAGACGAAGUACAAGCGGCUAUGUGUUCAUGAUGAGCGGAGGAUGCAUCAGCUGGAAAAGCCAGAAACAACGGACGGUCGCGCUAUCUUCAACAGAAGCAGAAUACAUGGCGCUUUCCGAAGCAACCAAAGAAGCAGUAUGGCUCAAAGUGCUUUUGGGGGAACUUGGUGAGAUGACAAGUGACGAAGCGAUCAAGAUGUAUGAAGACAACCAAGGAUCAAUCGCUCUCGCCAAGAACCCGGAGUUCCAUAAGAGAACAAAACACAUCGACAUACGCUACCAUUUUGUGCGUGAGAAGGUGGAAUCAGGUGAAGUCGUUUUGGAGUAUUGCCCGACUCAAGAUAUGCUGGCAGACAUGAUGACCAAGCCGAUCGCCGCUGUACAAUUUGAAAACAUUCGCGAUCGACUUGGGAUCCAAGGUGCCGCAGCUAACGAGUCGAGAGGGAGUGUUGAAAAGACAGCGGCUGUGAAGAAGACACCUCGUCAAGCUGCGUCAAGUGCUAAAUCAAGUGGAAGACCAAGCUUCGCUAUACCGGUGGGUACCGGUAUGUACCAGUAA